GAAACAAACUAAGUGUUGCAACUACUUCAAUCUCGUUAAUCUCUCUCUCUCACUUAUAAAGACGUUGGCGGAGAAAUGGGUAUUGUACGCACCGAUGAACACCGCAGGUCGGAGAUUGAAAGUUUCCGGCGACUCCUGCUAUCUUGCGCCGGCGCUUGUAAAAGUAAAGAGGAGGAGGAGAUCAGAAACAGUCCCGUCAUGAACGCCGACAACGACGGCGUGGUGCAUGAUAAGGUGGUGUGUGUCACCAGCGGUGUAUCUUUCUUGGGAAUCGCUAUUGUCAACCAGCUACUACUCCGUGGGUAUAACGUUCGCAUCAUUGUUGAUAAUCAAGAUGAUGUAGAUAAUCUAAGAGAGAUGGAAAGAUCUGGAGAGAUGAGGGGAACUAAUAACAGGAUUGGAAUUGUCAUGGCCAAGCUAUACGAAGCCGAGAGUUUAUCAGAUGUAUUUAGUGGUUGCUGCGGAGUUUUUCACACUUCAGCUUUUAUUGACCCUGCUGGGCUCUCUGGCUAUUCUAAAUUUAUGGCUGAUUUAGAGGUGAAGGCAGCAGAGAAUGUAAUCGAGGCAUGCGCAGUAACACCUUCAAUCAGACAUUGUGUGCUUACAUCUUCACUUUUGGCUUGUACAUGGAAAGAUUACUCAGCCAACAAUGUCUCUCCUGUGAUUAAUCAUCAUUGCUGGAGUGAUGAGUCUUUUUGUAUAGAGAAAAAGCUUUGGUAUGCUCUGGGCAAGUUAAGGGCGGAAAAGGCUGCCUGGAGAGUAGCGGAAGAGAGGGGACUGAAGCUGACCACAAUCUGCCCAGGCCUCAUUAGAGGUCCAGAAUUCUUCAACAGAAAUACAACAUCAACUAUCGCUUAUUUAAAAGGUGCGCAAGAAAUGUAUGAAAAAGGACUACUGGCAAGCGUUGAUGUCAAUAGAUUAGCCGAGGCUCAUGUAUGUGUAUUCGAGGAAAUGAGCAGGACAGCCUCUGGAAGGUACAUCUGCUUCGACCAAGUGAUCAAGAACGAGGAAGAGGUAGAAACACUGGCACAGGAGACAGGCAUUCGAGUAAAUUUUAUAUCUGAAACUGAAAAUGCAUCAGGAGAUGCUACUAUACAGUUUCAACUGUCUAAUUUAAAACUUUCCAGACUGAUGUCGAGGGUUAGAAAUUGUAAAAUCACUUUUUAGAAUUCAGCUAAUAAAAUUUUGUUCAAUUGCAAGGCAAA